CGGCUGGAUCUGGGGGCAGUGGAAUGACCUCUUUGUCUUGUCUCUUCCCCCAUCGCGUGCACAGACCAUCCCCCGUCCCCCGUCAAUGUGACCGUGACGCAGCUGAAGGCCAACUCUGCCACCGUCUCGUGGGACGUCCCGGAGGGAGACAUCAUCAUCGGCUAUGCCAUCCUGCAGCAGCGGCAGGAUGGGCAGAUGCAGCGGUUCAUCCGGGAGGUGAACACCACGAACCGGGCCUGUGUGCUGUGGGACCUGGCGGAGGACGCUGACUACGUCAUCCAGGUGCAGAGCAUUGGCCUGCAUGGUGAGAGCCAGGCCAGCAAGCGCGUGCACUUCCGCACCCUGAAGGAGACCGACCGCCUCCCCUCCAACAGUUCCAACCAAGGCGACAUCACGGUGGAGGGGCUGGACAAGGAGCGGCAGCUGCAGACAGGCGAGAUCGUCAUCAUCGUGGCUGUGCUGCUCAUGUGGGCAGUACGACAUCAUCAAGGACAACGACUCCAACAAUGCCAAGGAGAAGGCGAAGCCGUCGUCGGAGCACAGCACGCCCGAGCGGCCCACAGGGGGGCUCCUGCGCAGCAAGAAAAAGUCCCCGUCGGUCAAUAUCAUCGAAGUGUGAGCACAGGGCCAGUGCUGGACCGGUCCAGCCAGAGCAGAGGAUGCUCGCAGGGUCAGGACACACUCCUCCGGGUGUGGAGAUGGGAUGGAGCGGUGCACGCAGCACGCGGGCGGCACCAGCAGCACAGGACUGCAUCGCCUACGAGCCCCCGGCUGCAGCCACGCAGGGGAAGGGACGAGGGCUCGUGGCCCCUUGGGGAGAGACCACCAGUGCCUCCCUCCACUGGCUCCAGCCCAGGCUCCUGGCCGCAGGCAGCUUUGGCUCUUGAUCUCCCCACGGGGGUUUCCCUGAGCCUAGGGUCCCAGCCGUGGUGGCGCAUGCAAGCUGGGUGUGGGGGCCCAGGUCAGGACUGGCUGCAGUGAGACCAGGUCAGUGCAGGGUUUGGGGGGCUUGCAAGGGUCACCGGGGUUUGUAAGGCUGCUCCCCUCCAUGCAACCAAGGCCAGGCCAGGGGACUGAGGGUUACAGGGGGUGCCUAUGGGCAGGGGGACAAGGGUGGGCCCAGGUGCUGGGCUUUGCUGGUUGAGCCCCCCCUUCCCUGGAUGGAGCCGAGCAGAGCCAGCCGGUGGCCCCACGCUGC